AUGCCUCGGGACUUAUUAGCAGACAAGAAGACGCUGGAUGCCAUGCCCCAACUAUCAAGAGAACCUGAGACCGUCUCUAGUCCGGAACCCGUCGAGCAAUCUAGUCUGGUACCCCAUCGCAGCUCCAACAUUGCCCAGGAGGGGCGGUUGAAGCAGUUGGGAGUUCGUCCAUAUGCUUCUUUGCUGAACAUUGACGACCUUGACGACUGCGAUUGGCUUGAGCAUGCCGCCUUUGAUCCGGUUGAAGCCGCGUCGCGCGAGAAGCUCGAAUACCGUCUGCGAACCUGCGGUGAACUAUGUAGCGGCCUCUUCUCAUCCGCCUACCCCACCACAUCAGGGCCACUAGGCGAAACCAUUAAAUUGCAUUCGUUUCCGUCAUUAGACUCGACCGACACUGACCGGAAGCGUGUGAUAAUUGGCCACAUCAUCUCAACCAAAGCGAACUCACCUGUUGUUACUGAUGACGCUAUGGACUACCCCAAGGACUGGAAGACCAACUACCAGCUUACGCCAAAAGUAGGGCACAAUGAAGACGGCCAGACAGUGUGCCUGCACUCGCUAUGUGUGCAUCCCAACUUCGCGCGCAAAGGGCUCGGCUCGAUAUUACUGCAGAGCUACGUACAAAGAAUCAAAGACUCAGGUGUGGCAUCUAGGAUAGCGCUCAUCUGUAGAGAUCGAUAUAUACAGUUCUACGAGAAGGCGGGGUUCAAGAAGAUUGGUCCGAGCAAAUGCCAGUAUGGUGGAGGAAACUGGGUAGACAUGGUCCUAGACUUUGAAGAUAGUGGAGAUGAUGGAUGGGAAUAUUGA